CUGCCUUCGAGACGUGUUGACCUCUUGUUUCAGGUCAAGUCCUCACAACCCUUCUGCAGCAUCUGACCUCUCAACUUAUUCCACUGCCUCUCUGAUCAGUAAUGAAGAACAGUUUGAAGACUAUGGGGAAGGAGAUGAUGUGGAUUUUACUCCCAGUAGCCCAUGCCCUGAUGAUGAGACCAGAACGAACGCCUACUCUGACCUUGGCUCAUCUGUAUCUUCCAGUGCUGGCCAAACACCCCGAAAAAUGAGGCAUGUUUAUAACAGCGAGUUACUGGAUGUUUACUGCUCACAGUGCUGCAAAAAGAUAAAUCUACUCAACGAUUUGGAAGCCAGGCUGAAAAACUUGAAAGCAAACAGCCCUAACAGGAAAAUAUCAAGCACAGCUUUUGGAAGGCAACUCUUUCACAACAGUAACUUCAGCAGCAGUAACGGCAGCACAGAAGAUCUAUUCAGAGACAGUAUAGACUCCUGUGAUAAUGACAUAACUGAAAAGGUAACGUACUUAGAAAAAAAGGUGACAGAACUGGAGAACGAUAACCUGACAAAUGGUGACCUAAAGAGCAAACUGAAACAAGAGAACACGCAGCUAGUUCACAGAGUUCAUGAGCUAGAAGAACUGUUGAAGGACCAAGAGACAUCAGCAGAACAGACUCUGGAAGAAGAGAUCAAGAGACAUCGAGAAGCAUAUAGCAAAUAUGAAAAAGAGAAAGGCACCGAAAUUGAACUGCUAAAUACAAGGGUUCAGCAACUGGAAGAAGAAAAUGGUGAGCUGAAGUGUACUGUCACACGACUGAAAUCACAAACGGAGAGAUUAGAUGAGGAAAGGCAACGCAUGUCAGAUAGGUUGGAAGACACCAGCCUGCGACUGAAGGACGAGAUGGAUUUGUACAAGAGAAUGAUGGACAAGCUGCGGCAGAACAGACUAGAAUUUAACAAGGAGAGGGAAGCAACACAGGAGCUCAUUGAAGACUUGCGGAAGGAACUGGAGCACUUGCAGCUGUACAAGCUGGAAUGUGAGCGUCCUGGACGUGGGAGAAGCUCUUCAUCCAGCGUGAGUGAAUUCAACGCCAAAACCAGAGAGGUGGAAAUGGAGCAUGAAAUAAAACGGCUGAAGCAGGAGAAUCAGAAACUUCGUGACCAAAAUGAUGAUCUUAAUGGACAGAUCCUAAGUCUUAGUCUUUAUGAAGCUAAAAAUCUCUUUGCAACACAAACAAAAGCCCAGUCACUGGCUGCUGAAAUUGAUUCUGCAUCAAGAGAUGAGCUCAUGGAAGCCCUUAAAGAACAGGAAGAGAUAAAUUACAGAUUGCGACAGUAUAUGGACAAGAUCAUUUUAGCAAUCCUAGACCACAACCCUUCUAUUUUGGAAAUAAAGAAUUGAAAACAAUAUAAGAAGAAAAAGCAGCAACUGCCUGAUAUUACUGCACAUGCCACUGGAUCUAAACAACACUCUGAUACUGUAAAUUAAUCUAUAAAUAUAUAUAUAUAUAUACACUAUGUGUGAGUGUGGGUGCGCGGGUGUGUUUAUAUGAUGUUUGGUACACUGUUAUUUGUCAUUGAAUUGGCUUGGUUAGACUUUUUCCAUGCACUUUCAAUACCUGUGAGAAGAUGGAUACUGUAUAUUAAUGUAAUAACAAUAUAACUGGAUCAUGCUGUUUUAGAUACUGGAAAAAAUGACUCUACCUCUAGUUAUAAAAGGUAAAAAAGACAAUGGAAACAUAUGGAUGUGGCCCUAACUUUAGGAGCAAGAAUUGUUCUUAAGUUCUUCCAGGAAUUUGGGUACUACAAACGAAUUAACAUACCCAGGUUCAGUUCCUGACUGGUGCUGACUGUGCAAUUUCCUAUUUGAUUUUGUUUUAAUACUUAAACCACA